AUGGGCCUAUCCAGCUCCGUCUGCCCGGAGUGGAACUCGCAGCAGUGGCCGCAAGCCUUCGCCACAUCGCCAUGGACAAGGCCCCUGUUGACCGUGUCCUUCCGUGCACUUUGGGCUGCCAUCUUUACUGCACACGUUCUCUGGAACUGGUGGGUGCGCAGAGACGACGGAGCAUACCACUUCAUAUUCUUGACAGUGCAGGCGAGCUGGAUCGAAGCGGUUGACCUGAUCCUACAGUGGGUCGUGGCCAUGUUGGGGUUUCCAUACGUGCAGAACCAUAUGGUUGCGCCUGCCGAGCCUUGGCUUGUCCGCAUCUCCAUGGCGCUGAACUCCCUGUCUCAGCCUUUGUCGAUGACGGUGGCUGUGCUUUUCUGGGUCCUAAUCUAUCCCGGAGGCGAGCUACCUUACAUGGAUGUCUUCCUACAUGGCAUCAAUGCCGGCCUUCUGCUCAUAAACCUUAUCUUUACCCGUAUUCCCUUCUCUUGUGCGCGAGUCGGGUGGCUGUUCCUGUACCAGAUCAUUUAUGUCGGAUGGACUUAUGUCCAUUAUGCCUUGCGCAUUGGCAUGGCUGGAGGCUGUUGGAGCUGUCCACGGGAUGAGACUGCCCAGUGCGUGGAGCUUUAUCCGCAGGAUGAAUGUCCGAUCUAUGCAACCUUCGACUGGCAUCACCCCCUAGCUGCAGCACGAUUAGGAUUUGGGCUGGCUUCAGUCCUAAUCAUCCUUGUUCAAGCGCUGUAUGUCGGCCUGGUGAGCUGCAGGGAUGCCCAUGACAAGAAGAUUGAUCUCGGAGCUAGUGAGACGCCAAGAGAGCUGCCUGAAUUUAUACCACUGGACCACCUCGUGGUGCAUAACUCUGCCACAUGUUGGCAAUGUGCAUGA